UAAAGAUCGUCGCUGGCCGUCAGCAGUGAUUAGCAACUAACAGCAACAGCUGCAGCAGCAGGAACUAACAUUAGCUGGAAUUUGCCUCAGAAACCACAACAUGAAUGUAUUUGUGAAGGAAGUCUCUUAGCUGAAGUGCAGAAUGUCCUUCUAGUGUCGAUAAAAAUGAAACCGAGAUGACUCACCAGUGGCUUGGACAUCUGUGAUUUGACAGAAGAUGAGGCUUGCUGAGUUUGUCGGACUUGUCACUACUUUUAAUGAUUGCUACUGUAGGCACAUAAACCACACUGACAUGUACAACAAACUAUAGUGAAUCAUGUUUGUUGCUUUUUGCGCAUCACUCUCACUAAAACAACUAACUACAUACACUAUCAUUUAGUUUGUUUUGAAUGGCUUUCAGUUGAUAACCAGUGCUGACGAUGUCACUGGGUGAGCAGUCUCAAAAGUGGUUUCCAACCCAUGUCCAAGCCACUGUUCUUCAAGCAACUGGUUUACAGCCCAAGGGCAAGAAUGGCACCAAUGAUGCCUACACUAUCAUCCAGCUGGGCAAAGAAAAGUACUCAACAUCAGUGGCAGAGAAGACACUUAACCCUGUCUGGAGAGAAGAAGCCUCCUUUGAAUUACCUGGUUUACUUUUGGAGGGCAACCCAGAAGUAUAUGAACUCUGCCUUAUAGUGAUGCAUCGGUCCUUGGUUGGGAUGGACAAAUUCCUGGGUCAGAAGUCCAUCAACCUCAAUGAAAUCUUUGAUAACAAGGAGCGGAAGAAAACUGACUGGUAUGCUUUGGAGUCCAAGCCGGGGAAGAAAAGGAAAGAGCGUGGCCGCAUCCAAGUCAGCAUCCAGUUCAUGAGGAACAACAUGACAGCCAGCAUGUUUGACCUCUCCAUGAAGGAAAAGCCCCGCUCGCCUUUUUCCAAACUUAAGGUCAAAAUGAAGGGUCGCAAACACGACAGUGGCUUUUCUGACACAUCUUCAGCCAUCCUGCCUCGCUCUGCCAUAUCCGACUCAGAGCCCAACCGCCAAUCCUUCGCUCCAGAACGACAACCUCCGCCUGAAGCAAAGGUCAAGAGACCACUACUCGCUGGGACCCAUAAACUCUCUGCUGCCCAUUCCAUGUCAGAUCUCAUUGGAACCCACUUUCGGCCCAAACUGGACUCCAUGAACUCCAUAGAAGAGAGUGGGAGUGCAGGCGGCCCACACAGGCGUUCCCAGAGCGAGGUGCCAGGCUACCAGGACGGUGAGGCACACGGUGACCCUUUUACUGAUAUCAGUGACACCCUGCCACAGAAGUAUGCCACGCUCCCACGCAAUCGCAACCCAUUUGAGGGGGAGCAUGGGCAGCUGUGGGACCGGGCUGAGCGGAAGGAGAAAAAGGAGAAGGUCAGCCUACUGGAACGCGUCACGGGAAAGAAGGAAGGCCGCAAGACCAGCAACGGGGGGCGUUCGGGCAGCUCUGGAGACCUGCGUUCCCCUAACCCCUUUAGUGAAGACUCACAAGCAGACACUAACCCGUUCAUCUCCAACUACAAAACCAGUGAUAAAAAGUCAAGAAAUGUAGACAUCACCUUUGGCCAAAGGAAGAAGGACAUCGAUGGCAAGAAAGACGAGAUAACAAAGGAAAGAGUGGCCGCCUAUAGCAACUUGUCCUUUGAGGAAGUUGUGCAGGAACUUAUCAAGCAGAAAGAAGUGGUGAAAAAGAAAGACGCCCACAUCAGGGAGCUGGAAGACUACAUCGACAACCUACUUGUGCGCGUCAUGGAGGAGACGCCGAGCAUUCUACGGACACCCUACGAGCCAAAAAAGAAGGCGGGUAAACUAAGUAAAAAGUAGAAAGAAAAGACACAAGAUGAAAAGCUGCUGAUGAAGGUUUAACAGUAGCUCGUGUCAGUUUCAUGUGGUAAAAUAAGUGGUAACAAAUGGGAUUGAUCAAAACCAAUUUUAUGAUUGAGUUAUGUCUUUGCUUUAGAACAUUUUCAUUCACCAUCAACUAAAAUAACCAAAACAUUCCACAUGUUUUGGUUAUUUUAGUUGAUGCAGGUUUUUUGCACUCUUUGUUUGGCAGAAAUAUUAAUUACUUGUGAUUACUUGUUUGCGGUGCAUUUUAGGUACUUAAACAGGAUGCGAGAAAUUCAUCGGUUGAUUCAAGUCAAAUCAAAUCCAUGUUUUUGAAAAAGAUUGGGUUUUAGUACCAAUAUUGUAUGAACUUGUGAACUCUGAGGUCUGUUGCACAUACAGCUGCCAUCAUCUCCCAAAAAGCUCUUACAGUGCAAAUGCAGCCAAAUUCAUGUUUACCAGAUGCUGUAGUCACAGUUGUAUGAGGUUGUUGAAAGUGGUUGAUAAGAUGAAGCUGUUACUUUGUUUACACUCAUGCACGACUCUUAAACUUGGCACCUAAAAACUACAAAACCAUUCAGCAGAGGGAGCAUCAGCCUUUUUUUGAGAGUGAACUCUGCUCUUCCACAUAAUAGCCUGAGUGAUUCAUGGGUAUUCUUAGAAAGAUUGGAAGACAGUUACGGUAAGAAUUUGCUGGACAGUAUCUGGGAGUCUGGUUUCACUCUAGCUUACAGAGUCAUGCAUAUUUACAAAAAAGAAAUGGAACAAACGUUUAUUCUUAUCAGUUAUUGACUUUUCUUUCUUUACUGUAUUUGUGAUGACUAUCAUUUAAGUUUCUUGUACCAAGGGUCUCGAUCACUGGCUCAAGGGGAACAUUUUACUGACUUUAUGUGCAAUAAUCAUAACUUGAGUAUCUUGCUUUAUAUUCUGCUGGUAAUGUUCUUGUUUACAUUUUAAUCACAUCUCUUGAGUUUAACUCAUCUCUUAAUAUUGAUUUGAUUCACUGGAAAAGCUUGGAGUUCUUUGAUGCAGCCUCCACAGAUUGACCAGCCUUCAUCUCCUUUAAAUACAGUUUUUUGCUGAAGAUUGUAUUAAUGGUACAGAGCUGCACAUGUGGAUAUUUGCUGAACAAUCUUUAUUUAUAAGUAUUUUGUAGCUUAUUUACAUAUGAACAUUAUUUCAAGGUAUUUUUAAGGUACUUUAUAAUAAAAACUCUACUGUAUCCCAAUGCCCCCUCACCACCUGUUCUAUUGUAUUAACACUGUACAGUUAGUACAAGUCCACCAACAGAGCUCAAUUAAUAAAAUAUCCAUGUAUUAAGGUUUUUAUAUAAAUGUUAUUAGCAUUAAUAUCUGUUUACCUUUAAUGGUAAUCUAGUCACAAAUGCAUUGUGUUCUGUUCCUCAGUAUAUUUCAGCUAUUGUUUUUCUUUUUGUUUUAUCAAAAGAGUCCAAUUUUUAACAUUCAUAAAAGAUUAAGUGUGUCUUACCAGUUCACUGAGUACUAAUGAGAAUGAUUCCCUAAUUGUUCAAGGUAAACAUCCAAUCAGUGUCAUUCAGGUUAAAAAUAACAGCCCAGCGGACCGUGAGGAGAUACUCGCUGAAUUUAACAAAAAGACGUGUAUCGGAUUAGAAUCGUAUACCCAACUUCAAUUCUGUUAAUUUAUCAGUUUCUGCUGAACAAAUACUGAUUGAGCUACAGCGCUGCACGGCUGGUACAAAAAUGAACUAAAUGACAACUUAAGUCUCUGAAAGAGGCCAAGUUUUUUUUCACCUAUACCUGUGCUUGUGCUAGAUGUUCAACAUUAGUACGAUCACUUACUGAUGUUUAGGUUUACAUUUUCAAUUGUUUAUUCCUAUUUAUGAAAAGCAGCUUCAUGUACAGUGUUAAACGUACUUUGUAGUAUCAAAGUUGCACACAGUUUUUAAUAAUUGAUGACGAUCCACCUUGUCCUUCUGGUAUUUAUAUCUGUUUUUAUUAUUACUUUCCAGUCUCAUGUCUUUAUAAUAUUUGACCUUUACACUGUAUGAUACCAAAUCACAGCUGAGACAAAGUGCUACAAUGUGUUUAUGGAAUGUCAACGAUCAAAAAGACUUUCAGUCCGUUUUUAUUUUUCAUGAAUUUCACACCACUUGGAAACACAUUUUUGUCAUGUACUAAUUUUCUUUCUGCUGCUGUGAAAGUAGUUAUUUCAGCCAAACAUACAGAUCACUAUUUGGACCAAGCCAAAAUUUCUUGUAACUGAAUGUAUUAAGGUUGGCUUUGAAAUACAUAAUUCUGAAAUGUAUAAUAAUAUACAGUACACUAACAAGGGCAUCGAACCUUUCUUGCCUUUAAAGUAUUUGGUGUAUCCAAAGAGAUAAUUUCAUGUGGGUGAUCCCCCCCCCCCAAAAAAAACCCCACACACACACACACACACACACACACACACACACACACACACACACACACACACACACACACACACACACACACACACGUCUUUGUAGUAGUCUGACAAAAUUCAGACAUCUUCAUUAUGGAUAUGCGAUGAUGUGACACAGAUGUUGGGUAAAUUCCUUUGUAUUGGAAAAGCUGAUCUGCAUAUAUUUUUUAAAGCCAAAAAUGUUGGAAUCAGUUCAUAAAAUGAUGAGUAUUAUGUGACACUAAUUAAGACAAUAUGUGGAUAAGAACCUGUUUUCCAUUACGGAAACACUUCUCACUGAUUGCCUUUCUACAUGUGCUGAAGUGUAAACUAUGUCUUCUCGUGUUACAGGCUUUAACUAGUCUGUAUUGGUAGUAAGUCAGUUGUUCAUAGACUUUGCCAAGCUCUUAAUACUUCCAUUGUACAUACUGUAUAGUGACUUUGUAAUUUCACUUCACCUCCUUUUGACCUUCUGCACAUUUUGUUGUGCUGUACAAUGUUUGAAAAAAAGUGCUUUAUGGGGAAUCUUUUGUGUGAGGUUCAGUCAGUGGGAAUAAAAGUAUAACACUGAA